AUGCAUCUCUCUCUUUUACUAGCUCUUGCUUCUGGGGUAACCGCUACUGCUCCUACUGUCAGUCUAGGUGGAACGACCUUGGUAGGAAGGGAUGUCUCUUUGCUGAAACAAGAUUUCUUUGGCGGUAUACCGUACGCGGAGCCUCCGUUAGGACAACUUCGUCUGAAGCCACCCGUGUUGAAGACUCGACUCAGCGGCGCGACCUUCAAUGCCAGUAACUUCAGCCGGUUUUGUUUGCAGCCGGGGUCCUCUCCCACGGAAAUGUCAGAGGAUUGCUUAACGAUCAAUGUAUUCCGCCCUUCAGGCAUUUCAGAAAACGCGAAACUUCCCGUAUUUUUCUGGACGUACGGUGGUGGAUUCCAAGACGGCGCAGCAAAUAUUUACAACGCUAGUGCAAUUGUUGCGCAAAGUGUCGCUCGGCAAACUCCUCUCAUAUUCGUAAGCUUCAACUACCGGCUCGGUCCCUUAGGUUUUCCCCAGGGUGCAGAAGCAAGUCGCGAGUACGCUCUCAAUCUCGCGCUAAAAGAUCAACUCACUGCACUAGAAUGGGUACAAGCGAACAUUGAAUAUUUCGGAGGAGAUAGGUCUAAGGUGACGGUAUUCGGAGAAAGUGCAGGGGCAAUCAUGACAGCAGUUCAACUCUUGAAUCCUGACUUCUCAAACGUGGCAAGAGCAGCUAUCUUUGAAUCAGGUUCUGCCGCAACACCUGUUGAACAUACUGCGGAAGCUCGUGAGGUCGACUGGGCAAACUUUGUAGGUGGGGUACCGGAAUGUGCUUCCCUCGCAAAUACGAGUCACACUUUCGAUUGCUUGAGGACUGCGAAUACGUCGUCCAUCUUGAACGGUGUGAUCACAGCGAUCUCCAAAGCCCCCGAGCUGUUUGGGUUUGAUCCCACUCUCGACGGACCUGGUGGAUUCAUACCCGAUCGGCCCUCACGACUUUUCAAGGCGGGACGAUUUGCACGAAUUCCGUUUAUCACCGGGACCAAUCUAGACGAGGGUACUGCUUUCACACCCAGAGACCCAGAUAUGAUUUACAACGACGAUACUCUGCGAGAAUUCUUCCUUGCGAAUCUUACCCCAUCCGAUGUCAGCGCGCAAACCCUCGACAGUGCAAUCGACCGGAUGCUCGAGCUCUACCCUGAUGUUCCGGCAUUGGGGUCGCCUUUUAACACCGGCAAUGAGACAUUUGGUCUGCCUCAAGGUUAUAAGCGAUUCGCUGCUAUCAACGGAGACGUGAGCUUCCAGUCGCAACGGCGUCUGUGGCAGCAAACUGCCGCACAGGCUGGAGUAAAAACUUAUGGGUAUUUAUUCACCCAACCACAACCUGCAGGUAACCCGUCGCUCGGAGUUUCACAUGGUUCUGAAGUCCUCUUCGUCUUCGGGGGCGUAACAAACCCUGCUGACGUACCAUUGAGUCGCACUAUGAUUGAUUAUUGGGUUUCAUUCGUGACUAGCCUGGACCCGAAUGAUGGAAAAGGCCUACCACGACCUUCAUGGGCACAGUACACCCCUCAGAAUGAGGUUCUUUUGCAGUUGAAUGGUCAAAAUACGACGCUCAUUCCUGACAACUUCCGGGAAGAACAGAUUGGCUUUAUCAACGAGAAUCCUAUAACUUUCCUACAUAAAAAACGUUUUCUGUGA